AUGGGGUCUUGGCAGCGUUGGCUGCGUUUUGGUGGGGUGUCGCUCCGGGGUGGUGGCGGGGCCUGUGUCCCGCUUGGGGGAAGCCACUCGGUGUGUCGGCGCCAGUUAUCUGGCGCUGAAAAUGAGACCCUAAAACAGAGAAGAACACAAAUCAUGUCCCGAGGACUUCCAAAGCAGAAACCAAUAGAAGGUGUUAAACAAGUGAUAGUUGUGGCUUCUGGAAAGGGUGGAGUUGGAAAGUCUACAACAGCAGUUAACCUUGCACUUGCACUAGCAGCGAAUGAUUCGUCAAAGGAGAUUGGUUUGUUAGAUGUCGAUGUAUAUGGCCCAUCAAUUCCAAAGAUGAUGAAUCUGAAAGGAAAUCCAGAAUUAUCACAGAACAACCUAAUGAAGCCUCUUUUGAAUUAUGGUAUUGCUUGUAUGUCUAUGGGCUUCCUGGUUGAAGAGACUGCACCAGUUGUUUGGAGAGGCCUUAUGGUAAUGUCAGCCGUUGAAAAACUGUUGAGGCAGGUAGAUUGGGGUCACCUGGACUAUUUAGUUGUUGACAUGCCACCAGGAACUGGAGAUGUGCAGUUAUCAGUCUCACAGAAUAUUCCUAUUUCAGGUGCUGUGAUUGUCUCCACGCCCCAGGACAUUGCAUUGAUGGAUGCACACAAGGGUGCUGAGAUGUUUCGAAAAGUUCACGUGCCCGUUCUGGGCCUUGUUCAAAAUAUGAGUGUUUUCCAGUGUCCAAAAUGUAAGCACAAGACUCAUAUUUUUGGUGCUGAUGGUGCAAGAAAACUAGCACAGAUCCUUGAUCUUGAUAUUUUAGGAGACAUUCCUUUACAUCUUAAUAUAAGGGAAGCUUCAGAUACAGGCCAGCCGAUUGUAUUCUCACAGCCUGAAAGUGAUGAGGCCAAAGCUUACCUGAGGAUUGCUGCAGAAGUGGUCAGAAGAUUGCCACCACCUCUGCAGUGACUCCCACUUGUCCUGAACUUACCUGCUGCAUGACAGGAAGGAGACCUUUGGGACAGCAGUGUGAUGGUAAUGCCUACAGAAAUAAUAGCAAUCACAGAAAUAAUAGCAACCUUGUAUUUCUAAGGAAAUAAUGUCUUAUCUUCAGGUUUGAUUUGCCAAACAAUGACUCACAAAUAAAGUUUUUGCAUAUCAGUGCUAAAUAUUACAUUUAGGAAUUGUUUUGAAAGUUGAUGUGAACCAACUGCACAGAACUGCAUUUUGUUUUAUUGAGC